AUGGCCAAUCAGCGCGUGGCCGAACUCUUUGUAGAGACGUCUCUUGCACAGCAGCCCCUCACAUCAAACAGGAUACAAGUGGCCGAGGCAGCAGAGCCAGACGCGACAGCAACAAACUUUGAUGUCGUGAGUGUUGGGAGUGGUGCACAUGUCGGCGGUGGGAGGGGGCUCAUUUGGAGCAUUAAUGCCGAGGAACCAGAAGUGCUGAGCUUGCUGGAAUUCAGCAACACAGAGCCUGUCAGGGACGGUGCUCUGCAGCUGAUUUUCCCAUCGGCUCUCUCGCCGCAUGUGGCCGUGGAUGUCUCUGGGUCACAGUCCCGUGUGUAUGCAAAUGGCAGCGUGCUGUGCAUCCCCCAAGCCUCGCUGUGCGCCGGGACGACUGAGGGAGCCUCGGAGCUGAAAGAUGCAGGCGGCGUUGGCCGGCUCCUCACCAGCCUGUUUGCCAGGCAAGCGAGCCCAGCGGUCAAGGAUCUGGCAGCCGUGAGCAUUGGGGGGAGGCGGCUGCUGGCGGCAGCAUACGCGGACGGCACGCUGCGCCUGUGGGACCUCCGUCGGCAGGCAUGCCUGCUGCAGGAGCCGCUAAAGCCGGACUCGACUACCGCAGACGCCUUGACGCCGACACGGCUGCGAUUUGCGGCUCCUUCUGCAACGGAGGCCCGCCGCCCCGGCAAGAUUAUCGCGCAGUUUGACCGGCCCGAGGCUGCCAGCAGAGGCCAGGACAGCCACUUUGCGGUAUUUGAGCUGAAUGGGGAGGUCAGCACAGACGGCGGCAGCAUCUCUGGCCUCACCCUCCAGCAGGUGGCGAUACUGGAGCGCUUUGGCGCUGCGUCAGCCGCCACAUCAGCGGCUGACCUGUCGGUGCAUCAGCGGCCGGGCGGCCGGGUGCGCGCAUGGGUGCUCGGCCACGACGGCAGCGCGUUUGCGAUGGAUGAGGCGGCCGUCGCGCGCGGCGUUCGCGGCGCUGAGGCGCAUCUCCUCGGCGAUGAUGUCAGCGGGCUGACCUCAGCGAGCGAGGCGCAUCUGCAGCUUCAGGAGGACUUGUGGCGAUCUGUGACUAUGAAGAUUGAACAAUCGAGCGGGCAGCCUCUCCCGGCUGGCCUGCCAGCGCGCCACUUUGUGGGCCAGUUGCUGAUUCCCGGCGGCUUCUCCCACAGAGCGCUGCAUGCCGCACUCACUGCUGUCGGGCGCCCCACAGCCCUCCCAGAUCUGACCAGCCGUCCAGUGGCUGAGCUGCAGCAGCUCACGCUCAAGGCCGUUCGCGAGCGAGCGGCCGAUGUUGGCCAGUUUGCGGCGGUGCACGCGCUGCUGCGCGGCUACUGGGGGGCACUGUCGGCCGCGCAGAGGCCACUGGGGCUGCUGCAGGGGGGACCCAGCGCGCCCAGCGUGGUCCGGGGGGGCCCCACGCUUGGCCUGCUGCGGCCGGCAGGGGCGGCCGCUGCGCAUGCGGCGGGGCUGGCCGUCCCGGGGCACCCGGCACCAUCCCAGGCGUUCCAGUGGGUGGCGCUUGCGAGCGCGAAGCUGAGGGAUCUUUUGGGGCCGUACGUGCACAGCAUGGCGUCCCAGCUGCUGGCAGAGGGGCUGCCAGUCGGGCAGGCCAUAAUGCCCGCCCUCGUGCACGCCAUUGCUGUCGGCCCCACCAGGGACGCUUCAAUGGGUGGGGCGAGGGCGGGGGCACAAGCGCACGCGGCAGAGGUGCAGCGUCAGUGGCGGCGGCAGCGGUCCAGGCUGGCUCUGGAGAUCGGGGCGCUGCUGGAGCCCAUUCGCAGCCCAGAGGAGGUGUUUGCAUCCUACGCCGGCUUGAUGAGCACAACGUCGCUGCAGCAGCCCUCUGCGCCACCAGCUUCCCAGGCGGCGCUGCCAGCUGCUGGCUUCCUGGCAGCUGUCGCCCGGGACGAGGCGGCUGCCGCGGCCGACGGCGCCCGGGACCUGCUGCUGCUGCUUGCCUACCUUGGCAACGUGCGCAGCCUGGGAAGCUUCCCCUCCCACAGCGGCCAGGCGCAGAGCAGCACUGCCUGGCAGAGCAGAAUUGCAGGGAAGGCGGAGGAGGCGAUGCGGCGGGCGGAGAUUGUGAGGUGGCUGUGCACGGCGCCGGCCGCGGCAAAGGAUGCGGCCAGCAGCGACCCGGCUGUGCUGAUGCACCAGCUGCGCCUGGGACGUGACUCCCGCGCGACAGCGUUGCCUCCCAUGCACAAGGUGCAUGACCGUACACUGGCAGAGGCGCUGCUGCCAAUCUUUACUUUGGGGCUGGGCGCCAGAGCGACGCCUGCUGGAGGGCCGGCAGCUGCAGGCACAGAGUUCGCAUCUGCGCUGCUGCAUGCUGGCUUGAGUGAGAGCCCAGAGGGAGCUGAAGAAGCAGGCCUCAAACAGCAGAAGCAGCUGCCGCUGCUGCUCCCGCUGCUACAGCUGGCCGGUCCCACCUCAGACGAGCCGGGCCUGCAGUUUCUGAAGGGGUAUGCACUGCUGGAUGGGUUGCGGUCCGUAACGGACCCGGCACAGCGUCAGCGGCGGCUGGACGAAGCGGCCGGGCCACUGUUCCGAGCGGCCGCGGAUCUGGCCGCCCCUGCAUCGGACGCCGGCAAGGAGUCCUUUGUCAGAGGGCUGCUUGGUGGCCUGGCAGCGGACCUGACCGGCUCCUACAAGCCUGAGGGCCCAGAGGCGGAGCGGCUGCAGUACUACGAGGUGCUGAUGCUGGUGUGCGAGCGGCUGGGCUGCCCGGAGGGGGCUGCCCGAUUUGCCCAGGCCGCCGUGCGCCAGGUGGACGUCGCACAUCCCGCAGCCGGGAACGCCGUAACAGACAGCAGCGCCUCGGCACGCGCCGUCCGCGAGGGCCGCCUCUGGUCCAACCUCUUCGUCUAUUCCCUCGACGCCGGCCGCUUUGAGGCGGCGUACGCGGCGAUGCACGCCAACCCGGUGCCGGAGCGCCAGCUGGACUGCCUGCAGCGGCUGCUCGGGGAUCUCUGUGCGCGUGGCGCCAUCGCCUCGCUCGUGGCGCUUCCCUUUGCCGGCACGCUCGAUGUGGGGGGCACCAGUCCCCCCUCCAGCAGCGGCGGUCCCCCAUAUGGUGGCGGCCGUGGCGCGGCGAUCCUGUCGCUUGCUGACGAGGCGGCCAGCUUCCUGCGGCGGCGCGCGGACAAUGCCGAGCUGGGCGCCCGGCCGCAGCCGUACCAGGUGCUGUACGACUUCUGCGUCGCGCGCAGCGAUUAUCGGCAGGCGGCUGCCGCGCAGCUGGCUCUGGCCCGGCGCCUGCGAGACGAGGAACCCAGCGCUGUCGAGGCAGUGCAUGCCGCCCUGAGUGCUGCGCUGAGCGCGCUGAGCUUAGUGGAGCCGGCGCAAGCCUGGCUGGAGGAUCCGACUGGCGCUGACCUGGCGCUGACUCAUCAGGCCUUCCAUGGGUCCCCCCUGCCCAAUCGCUUCCUCCAUGGCACGUCCUCCCCACGAUCCCCACUCCCCGGCAGCCGCAACGAGGAUCCUUUGGCAGCGGCUGCAGCGACCGCCCCCGCGCUGGCGACGCCGGAGAGCCUGCGGCGGGAGCUGGCGCUCGCGCGCGCGAUUUCGCUGGCCGCCAAAUAUGGCAGCGGCACGACCGGCGCGGCCGACCGCCCCGCAGACGUCCUCCAACUGCUGCUCGCCAACAUGCACUUUGAGGCGGCGAUCCGGCUGGCGGAGACGAUCUACAGCGGUGCAGAGCUGGGCAGGUGGCUGGAGAGGAGUGUUGCAUCGCUGGCGGCUGCGUGCGUGCGGCUUCAGCAGCAGGAGCACCAGUCGCUCGCAUCAGCCAGCCAAGCCACAUUCCUCGGAGCCGGCACCGGUAAGACCACGGUUCUCGUGGCGUGA